AUGACCGACAUGCUCAGCCUGUUGGACUCCUUUCUGGUGAUGUCACUGCAUCCUCAGAUCUUAACUGAAGUUGGAGUGAAGCUGCUGUCUGUUGGACUUGGGAGUCCAAACUGUAGGCUGGAGAGUCUAAGAUUGAAGAACUGCAGUUUGUCAGACAGUUGUUGUGAUUAUCUGGCAUCAGCUCUGAAGUCCACCUCUUCCCGUCUGCGAGAGCUGGAUCUAAGUAACAACAACUAUCUUAAGGAUUCAGGGUUGAAGCUACUGUCUACUGGACUUGAAAGUCCACACUGUAGACUGGAGACUCUGAGACUAAGUUCCUGCAGGCUGUCAGAGAGCGGCUGUGCACAUCUGGCCUCAGCUCUGAAUCUGGCCUCAGCUCUGACCUCCAACCCCUCCCAUUUGAGAGAGCUAGAUGUCAGUAAAAACAAACUGAAGGAUCUGGGAGUAAAUCUACUGUCUGCUGCAAUGGAGAGUCCUCAAUGUAGACUGAAGACUCUGAGGGUUGAUAGAUGUGGGCUUACGGAGAACUGUUGCACUUCUUUGGCCUCAGCUCUCAAAUCCAACCCCUCCUGCCUGAGAGAGCUGGAGCUGAGUAAUAACGAUCUGCAGGAUUCAGGAGUGAAACUGCUGUGUGCAGGAUUGGAGAGUCCACAUUGUAGACUUGAAGCUCUGAGAUUGAGGGGAUGCUGGUUGUCAGAGAGUUGCUGUGCUUCUCUGGCCUCAGCUUUAAUGUCAAUCCCCUCCAGCUUGAGAGAGCUUGACCUAAGUGAAAAUGAUCUACAGGAUUCAGGAGUGAAGAUGCUGUCUGCUGGAUUUGAGAGUCCACAUUGUAGACUAGAUACUCUGAGGUUGAAGGGCUGUCGGGUCACAGAUGAAGGCUGUGCUUUUCUGGUGUCAGCUCUGCAAUCCAACCCAUCCUAUCUGUGUGAGCUGGACCUGAGUAAAAACAACCUGCAGGAAUCCAGAAUGAAGCUGCUGUCUGAUGUCCUAGAGAGUCCACAUUUUAAACUGGAGACUCUCAGAAUGGAAGAAAUGGAGUAAACCUGGAAUGUGUCCAUCUGACUAAAAUGCAUCUCAUCACUGGCCAUGACGUGUUGCUGACUCUGGGGCUGCCAUGAUCAUCACAUCACUGCAAUACAAUCAGAGAUAGGACAAAGCUCCUACCAUGGGAGGCAUUUCUAUUUACACAUUUGUUAGAAAUGAAUCAGGUUAACUCAUUUCUAACUGUGACUAAGACUAAGUUGAUUUUUUAAAAAUCUUUUUUAUUAUUAAAUAUGAAUUUCGGUUUGAAAUACUCCGUUUCUCCUUGCAGGAGCCAAGAUCAUUGUUACCAAGUGACUUCAUGUCCACAAGGCAUUUCUCCUGCAGUCACUAGUAACUGAUAAAACAUCUUUGUAGGUUAUGGGUGCAUUGGAGCAAUUAUAUUUCAGUACAGUCGCUGUGAGGUUUUGUUGAUUUUAAGAAAACUAAGAUAAAUAUUGCUGAAAUGUUUUAAAAUGUAUAUAGUCAGCUUAUUGAACUGCUGUCAGUGCAUAUAACUGUUAUUAUAGUUAGUUAAAAAUUAGUUUUUCCUGGAGGUUAAAUUAUUUUAUUGAUGCCAGUGUGUAAAAAAAUAUGCAUAACUUGUUUUUGAAUAAGGCAGUUACAGAUAACAGAGUGACAAUGGCAGUAACAUUUUGCAAUAGAAAUGUGUGCAGUACAAUAACUUACAUUUAUUCUUUAUUUUUCAUUUAUUUUUAAGUGCAUAAAAACAUCUCAGGGGACUGAAACGUAUCAUGCACUACACUGACUUUAUCCUUUUAUGGCAUAUUAAACCCAUGACCUUCCCACUCCAACAAACAGCUGAAUAAAACAAUCUGACCCUCAUCAUUCUUGUCCUUAUAUCCAGAUUACUGCAAUUCUUUAUUCACUUGCCUAAACACCAGGCUGACAAUGAUGUGUAGAAUUGAAUAUAAACAUUAUGGCACUAUCAGGUGCUGCAUGAUGAAGCCCUUCAGGACUAAAAGGACCAGUGUGCAGGAUUUAGUGGCAUCUAGUGGUGAA